UUUUCUUUAAUAUAAAUAAAUAACCUAUGAAUAAAUUAAGUGAAUUCUAUUAAAUCAGUCAAAUUAAUCAAUGUACAUUGAUCCAUUGAAUUAUUUAGAUAAUUUAAAAUGUUCUAUUUCAAGCGAAAAUCAAAAGAAUGAACUGUAUCGUUUGUUUAAAGCAUUGAAAUGUCGUUUAGAAGAUUUUGAAAGAAUUUACAAGUUAAAACAUUCUAAUUGUCUAUCAUCUUCUGUUUGGUUCUUAUUAACUGAUUUAAAUCUAUCAAAUCUUCAAUUGAAAAUAAUACCCGAUGAAAAUGUCUUUUCAUCACUUCCAAAUCUUCAACGUUUAUGGUUAAAUAAUAAUAGAAUUGAAAAUUUGAAUAAUUGUUUAACAAAAUGUGAAGGUCUCAUAGAAUUAAGAUUGGGAUCAAAUCAGUUAUAUACUAUUUGUGGACAGUUAUAUAGAUUGCAUUGCCUUGAAAUAUUGGAUUUAUCUAAUAAUCAUCUUGGCAAUUUACAGGAAGUUGAAAAAGAAUUGUCAAGAAUGCAUUUUCUACGUGAACUAAAUUUACUUGGAAAUUCUAUUGUUCUACAACCUGAUUUCAAAUAUCGUCUGUUAACUAUACUACCAACGAUAACCGUAUUGAAUAAGCAUGAAAUUCUACCAGGUCAAGUGCAUCGAAUCAACUCAAAGAGAAAUCGUUAUUUAGAAGAUCAUAGAGAAGUGAACAAGAAGAAAACAAAUACAAUCAUUCAGGUAGAUAUUAACAAACAAAUUGAAAAGCCUGAUAUCAUUCCAGCCAAAGAAGCUGAAUCAUUCGAAGAAAAUCUCAAUAAACGUUUCCAGCAGAAGUGUAUUACUCAAUUCAAGUGUCUUGACUGGUCAACAAUACCAAACAGUGAAAUGAGACGACUAGGUAGUGAAAUACAACCACCUAAAAACCUCUUAAUUCGAUUACAAUUGUAACUAUCAAAUUAAUGUCAACAAUAGUGCUUGUAAACAAUUAUUAUUAUUUCAUUGGGUUUCAAGUGCAGCAAAGCGUUUUGACAGCAUAUAAAUGUUUCACCCUUCUUUUCACGGUCAUUUUUAGCCAGCUCUAUAAUUCUCCAUAAGCUCAUAUCUCCUUCUCGCAUGACCUCCUCCAUGCCCCCCCAGGAACAAUGCUCCACUAGCCGUUUCCCAUUCGGGUUCUAUUUAAG